ACUCAGUGAACAGCUGACGUACCGACACUCUCUCACACUUACAUAUAUACGCAAACUGGUAGCUCAAAGCAUCGUAAAAGAUGUGCAUGUACGGGAAAAUACUUUUGCGACUUAUUUUGAUCGCUUGCUGUUACUAAAUAACUACUUGUCUCGAUUAUGUUUUACUCAUUUUAGAAAUCAUCUCUUAUCUUAGAUAAAAAAGCUGCCAAAAAAACUUAUAAAAAAUGAGGAGAAGAGCAGGAGUGGGUGCCAUUCAAAAACAAAAAUAUGAACAAGAACGGUACAAAGACAAAGGGACAGAAAUUCAAGAAAAUCAAUUUGAGCAGAUGACUAAGCAGUUGGAAGUGUUCCGCAUAAAUUUGGAAGAAUUUGCAUUAAAGCACAAAAGUGAAAUAAAGAAGAACGCACAAUUCAGAAAACAAUUUACAGAAAUGUGUGCAUCCAUAGGGGUAGAUCCUUUAGCUUCUGGAAAAGGUUUUUGGUCAGUUUUAGGUAUUGGAGAUUUUUACUACGAAUUAGCAGUUCAAAUUGUUGAAGUGUGCCUUGCUACAAAUUACAAAAAUGGCGGUUUAAUAUCACUUGAUGAACUAAGAGAUAGAUUAGUUCAGGCAAGAGGAAGCAGAAAAGAACAUCAAGAAAUAACUAAUGAAGAUCUAUUAGCUUCUGCCAAGAAACUCAAAAUUCUAGGAAAUGGAUUUACCAUUGUACCCAUAAGCAAAGGUAAAUAUUUGGUGCAGUCUGUUCCUGGAGAAUUGAGCAUGGAUCAUACAGCUGUUUUGCAACAAACAAGUAAUAAUGGAAAUGCAUUCAUUUCUAAAUCGCUAUUACAAAAGGAAUUAAAAUGGGAACCAGAACGUGCUGUAAAAGCACUGGAUCAUAUGGUCAAAGAGGGUUUGGCAUGGAUUGAUGAACAAGGAGGAGAAGAACCUCUUUAUUGGUUUCCUAGUUUGUUUACUGCUUGUAUUGCUUCAAAAACAUAACAUUAAAUUUUAUCUUUUUUUAUUUUAUUAUCUUGUGAAAAAUUUUAUAUAUAUAUUUUUCUAAAUAAUUUAUAUCAGCUUGUUCUAUAGUGUAUAAUUUGAUCAAAUAAUGGUAGAUAUUUAACACUUAAAAAAUGUUUUAAAAUGUAUAUAAGCAUUAUUAAAUAAAUUAUCGUUUGCAAAAAACUUAA